AUGGUUGCUGCUACAAAGCGGUCGCUUUCUGAAUUUCUUGAAGGCGAUGAACUGUUCGUGGAAGCUGAGAGAGACGAGAUGAUAACAGUUAUACACUCAGAGGUUGAUCAGCUCCGCAAGGAUAUUGAAAAGCUUGGAGUGGAACUGGCCGGAACUAAACAAGAACUGGCCGGGACUAAACAAGAACUGUCCGAAUUUCAACAAGAACUGGCCGGAAUUGAACAAAGACUGGCCGAAUCUCAACACGCAUCUGAUCAGUUCGGGCUGCAGGCGCGCGCACAAUUCAGCAAUGGUUUCAUCGAUAUCAGAGACAGAUUCCUCUCCUCGUUCCGAAGAGAUGUUUUGAAUGAUACGGCGGUUGAAACUCAACGACUCAUCCGUAUUGGAAAUGUAAGAGCCCAUGGAGGCCAUUUCAAGGCGGAUGCCUCCUUUUAUGAAGAAGAUUCGCGUUAUCUCGAUGAAGGUGGAAAGAUACACCCACCACGCAAUGACCGGGAUACCUUUGUGCUUCUCUAUGGGGUUGAUCCUAGCCUUGCUAAGAAGAUCGACUACAUUCCGAUAAUCAAUGUAAUAGAAAGACAUGCCACAGUCAAGGCCUCUGAGAAGAGAAUAGGAAUUGACUUAUUUGAGGAACGGUUCUACAAAUUUCUAGAUGCCUUGGUUUCAGCUGGGUAUGCAGGUGAUUACUUGGAUCCCAUGCAAGCAGAUGCUCAGCAUAAUGAACUCCAUGAAGCAUAUAAGGCUUUCUGGGUUGCUAGCAGAUUGGUGCGAUGA